AACGUAGUAUUUCUAACUAGUCUGUGGCUGUAUGGAUAAAAUUGGAUAAAAUCCAAGGCCGAUAAACUAAAAAAAAUGUUAUUUUGAGGUUAUCUUUCGAAGGCAAUCUGUGAUUUAUUUUAUUUUUGAUUAAAUUAAAUAAUUAGUUAUUUAAAUAUGAGUCAAAAGCUAAAGAAUUUGAAAUGGGAAUCUGUAGCUUUAGAAGGAUUUCCAGUGUCACUUACUGACAAAUUUCAAGGGUUUGUCGGUCUGGAAGAAUGUAUCAAUUACGGUUUGGAUAAAGAGACGAAAAAGAGUAAAAAGCAAAAAUCAAAGAAAAAAAGGAAAAACGAAAACAUAGUGGAUGAAAUACCACACAAAAAAGCAAAAUCUCGCAAAGAUACUCUCAAGCUUAGCAAUGGAUUUCUGGUAGAGUCAUGUGACACAAUCACUCCCUCACUUACCAAUGAAAUGCUCUUACCACUUAACAAUAAUACAACUGUUAAAAAUAAUAUAAACAAAACUUAUAAUGUGGAUUCAAGUAAACCCAAAGUAAAACAAAAUAAAAUUAACACAAAAAAGAAACCUAAGUUAGGUGAAAAUGUGAGUGAAACUGUGUCAGAUUUAACUCCAGAAGACAUGCUGACUUGGGCAGAGUUUAAACUGCAAGAGCCAAUAAUGAGAGCAUUGAUGGAACUUGGAUUUAAGAAACCUACCAAAAUUCAAGAAUUGUCAUUGCCUGCAGCUAUUCAUGGUCGCAGGGACAUUUUGGGUGCUGCGGAAACGGGUAGUGGCAAAACACUAGCUUUUGGUCUUCCAAUCCUCUCUGGAAUCAUGAAACUAAAAGAAAAGGCUGAAAUGGGUCUUGAUGUGUACGAGUUGCCUUACAAGAAGACUUCUGUUAAAAAGAAACAAAAAGCAAUUAUAGUUCCAGUUAAAAAAGUUAAAUACAAGAAUAAUAACAAGAAAAAAGCUGAGAUUGAACAAAAUGGUAAAGAGUCCUCAGAGGAUGGUUAUGGGACUGAUGAGGAAGCGGAUAAAAGUGAAUGUAAUCUAAAAGUUAAAGAAUAUAGUACAAAAACCCAAUUAUCUAAAGAAAAUCAAAACAAAAUAGAUAAAAAGGCAAAGAAAAUAUGUAAAAAAUUGAUUGAUGAUAAUGAUGAUUAUAUAGAGGAAUUUGAUGUACCUAUAAAAAAGAAAAAGCCAUCUGUUGAUUCAUCAAUAGCUGAAGGUAAUGAUAAUGAUGAUAGUGACAACUAUGUACAUCUAUCUGAGAUGAUUGAUUCUGACGAUUUAGCUGAAACAAGUGAUGCAAGUGAAACUGACAGUAAUUCAGAGUCAGAAGAUGAUGGAGACAAAGAAUCUGAUAAUGUAGAUGAGAGUGAAGUUGAAAAUGAUAAUGUAUUAAGUGAAGAUGAUGAAAGUAAUAAAAGCAAUGAUGAUGAAGAAUUAAAUGAAGAUGAACAAGGGAUUGGCUGUGUUAAAGUGAUAGAUGACAUAGAAAUGCCAGGGCAUGUUGUAGUCAAAACGGGAAAGCCUCUCUAUGCAUUGAUAUUGACUCCAACACGAGAGCUGGCAAUGCAAAUUAGCAGGCAUUUAAUAGCUGUUGCCAAAUAUACAGGUAUUAAGGUAGCCACCAUAGUGGGCGGUAUGGCGGUUGUUAAACAAGAGCGGGUGCUUCGUUCCGGGCCCGAGGUGGUGGUGGCCACUCCUGGGAGACUGUGGGAGCUGAUACUGCAGGGGCAGCCGCAUCUGCAGCAAUUGGACAGCGUUAAGUUCUUGGCCAUAGACGAAACGGACCGUAUGAUCGAGCGCGGCCAUUUUGAAGAGCUACACCCCCUAUUAGAGCGGUUGAAUGCGGACGAAGACAGGAAGGGGGCGCGGCAGAACUUUGUGUUCUCGGCAACAUUAACUAUGGUGCACGACCUGCCCUCGCAUAUGAAGGGGAAAAAGGUAACGAAACGAGGCAAGAUCAUAAACAGAAGGAUCGAAAAGAUGACGCCGCAGCAGAAGGUGAAGCGGCUUAUCGACAUGAUCGGCAUGACGGAGCCGAAAGUCGUUGACAUCACUGCACAGAACUUGGGUACUGCUGAAACAUUGACCGAGAGUCGUAUAGCUUGCUCGCUCGAACAAAAAGACGCCUACUUGUACUACAUUAUCAAGAGGCAUCCGGGAAGGACUAUCGUGUUCUGCAACUCUAUUGGGAGCGUCAGAAGAUUAGCACAACUGUUGACUUUACUCAAGUGCAGUCCGCUACCUCUUCAUGCGAGUAUGCCUCAAAGGCAACGACUCAAGAACUUGGAAAGGUUCCGCGACGACCCGCAUGGAGUGUUAGUGGCGACGGAUGUAGCAGCGAGAGGAUUGGACAUACCCAACGUUGACCACGUCGUACAUUACCAAGUGCCGAAAACUGCAGAGAACUACGUACACAGAAGCGGUCGAACUGCGCGAGCGACUAAAGAAGGUCUCACUAUACUUAUGAUGGAACCCUCCGAGGCCUAUAACUACGCUAAACUGUGCAGGACUCUCAAUAAGACGACAGAACUGCCAACAUUCCCCGUGUCUGCGCAAUGUCUCUCGUCGUUCAAAGAGUUGGUCUCGUUGGCUCGAACCCUGGACGGCUUACUGCUGAAGAAGAGACGCGCCACCCAGUCCUCGGGGUGGAGGGAGAAAGCAGCCAGGGAGAUGGACAUGAUCAUCGACGACGACGACUUACCAGUGAAGCACGUUGACCCUUCCAUAGACAAGGAGCUGCAAGUGCGGAAGAGGCAGCUCGAGUCUAUGCUCUCCAGACCCAUGUUCCCGAAAGGAUUUUCCUUCAAAUAUCCCACUUUGAACAAUUCUACAGUGUUUAAUACUACAGAGGAGAACGCUUUGCAGGUGAUGAAAAAAGCUUUAGAAUCGGGAGAACUGAAGAAGGAGAAGCGAAAAAGCAAAAAUGCACCACUCUUGAAAUUACAAAGAGAUUAGAUGUAUACUUAUAAAAAAUGUAUGUUUGUGUACAAAUAUAUUUUUGAAUUAAUAAAAAUUGUUGCAUAA